UUCCUAGGGAGCCUUUUCCAGGCAAGAACAAAGCAUCUGGCUGUGGGCUCUCUGGGACAGAGCAGAGGGCGUGUGGAUCUUGCUGAGGACAGCUAGCCUUCUCUGAGACCCUCGACAGGACAGAGGACAGGGGAGGAAGAGCCAUCAGGGAGGCCCAACCCCCAGAAGCUCCUCACAGGCAGCACUCAAAACCAGUGAAGUUUGGGAACUUAUUGAUCUCCAGCCGGUCUAUUGAGAAACAGUCAGACCUAUUUUCAUGGAGACCAGGGACUCUGACGAUUUGGAAAAGCCCCAGAAAAAAUCGAUGAGUGGUUCAGGGGUUAUUGAUGAACCAGCCCGGGUGAAACCUGAGUUACUCGUGGAAGAAGAAAUGACGCCCUCCGCUGACCAGAUCCAAAACAAAGAAGCCCGUUACCGCACCCAAAUUCAGAGAAACUCUGUCUUCAAUCACGCUGUGAAACACAGAAGCAAAAGCAAAAGCCGGACCCCCGAACCCAACGCUGGGCACCUGUCAGAUCCACUGGAAAAUGGAAAAUCGGUACAAGAGCCCCUGACCUUGAAUUUACCCCAGAGUGGAACACGUCUUUGGCGAAUACCAACACAGACAGACUCAGAAGCCAAGAGAACAAGCGAGUCGUCCUCCAGCCCAGGAAAUGGGGCCACGCCCGAGGAGUGCCCGGCGCUGGCCGACAGCCCCACCACACUCACCGACGCCCUGCGGAUGAUCCACCCCAUUCCCGCCGACUCCUGGAGGAAUCUCAUCGAACAAAUAGGGCUCCUGUAUCAGGAAUACCGAGAUAAAUCGACCCUUCAGGAAAUUGAAACCAGGAGGCAGCAGGAUGCAGAAAUACAAGCUAAUGUCCACAGUUCCCCAGCCAGCGAGGAGACUCCAGAGGAAGAAGAGGAAGAAGAGGAGCCCGCCAGCUUGCCAGAGAGGAAGGCUCUGCCCCAGAUCUGCCUGCUCAGCAACCCCCACUCCAAGUUCAACCUCUGGCAGGAUCUCCCUGAGAUCCAGAGCAGCGGGGUGUUGGACAUCCUCCAGCCCGAGGAGAUCAAACUGCAGGAGGCCAUGUUCGAGCUGGUCACUUCCGAGGCCUCCUACUACAAAAGCCUGAGCCUGCUGGUGUCCCACUUCGUGGAGAACGAGCGGCUGAAGAAGAUCCUGCACCCGUCCGAGGCGCACAUCCUCUUCUCCAACGUCCUAGACGUCAUGGCCGUCAGCGAGCGGUUCCUCCUGGAGCUGGAGCACCGGAUGGAAGAGAACAUCGUCAUCUCGGACGUGUGUGACAUCGUGUACCAUUACGCGGCCAACCACUUCUCCGUGUACAUCACCUACGUCAGCAACCAGACCUACCAGGAGAGGACCUACAAGCAGUUGCUCCAGGAGAAGGCAGCCUUUCGAGAGCUGAUUGCGCAGCUGGAACUGGACCCCAAGUGCAAGGGGCUGCCCCUCUCCUCCUUCCUCAUCCUGCCUUUCCAGAGGAUCACGCGCCUCAAGCUGUUGGUUCAGAACAUCCUGAAGAGAGUGGAGGAAAGGUCCGAGCAUGAAUGCACCGCCUUGGACGCCCACAAAGAGCUGGAACUGGUGGUAAAAGCAUGCAACGAGGGCGUCAGGAAAAUGAGCCGCACGGAGCAAAUGAUCAGCAUUCAGAAGAAGAUGGAGUUCAAGAUCAAGUCGGUGCCCAUCAUCUCCCACUCCCGCUGGCUGCUGAAGCAGGGCGGGCUGCAGCAGAUGUCAGGCCCCAAGACGUCCCGAACCCUGCGGACCAAGAAGCUCUUCCAGGAAAUUUACCUCUUCCUCUUCAACGACCUGCUGGUGAUCUGCCGGCAGGUCCCUGGAGACAAGUACCAGGUGUUUGACUCGGCCCCACGGGGCCUGCUCCGCGUAGAGGAACUGGAGGACCAGGGCCAGACGCUGGCCAACGUGUUCAUCCUGCGGCUGCUGGAGAACUCCGACGACCGGGAGGCCACCUACAUGCUGAAGGCGUCCUCUCAGAGUGAGAUGAAGCGCUGGAUGACCUCACUGGCCCCCAACCGGAGAACCAAGUUUGUUUCCUUCACAUCCCGGCUGCUGGACUGCCCCCAGGUCCAGUGCGUGCACCCGUACGUGGCCCAGCAGCCCGAUGAGCUGACGCUGGAGCUGGCAGACAUUCUGAACAUCCUGGAAAAGACAGAAGACGGGUGGAUCUUUGGUGAGCGUCUGCACGACCAGGAGAGAGGCUGGUUCCCCAGCAACAUGACUGAGGAAAUCUUGAAUCCCAAGAUCCGGUCCCAGAACCUCAAGGAAUGUUUCCGUGUCCACAAAAUGGAUGACCCUCAGCGCAGCCAGAAUAAGGACCGCAGGAAGUUGGGCAGCCGAAAUCGGCAAUGACCCCCAGCUCCCAGCCUGGUGGAGGGAUGUGGGCCGGUGGGAGCAGGGCCUGGCAGGCAAACCCACGGACGGUGGAGGGCCGCGGGGGGAAGGUGACCUUGUGCAGGAGUCACCCCCACCCCUCAUCCCUUCCACGUGGUGAGUGCUCAUGUGUCUUAGCCCCUCGCUCACAAACUGGAAAAAGGGUGCCCACGUCUUUCUUCUGAUGCAUUUGUAAAUGGGAAAGUGUAUUUUAAACAGUAUUAUACCUCCUCUCCCUCUUAUCUCUUAGAGGGGGUGGCAGGGGACUGGCAUGCUCCAGGGGCCUUCCCAGGCACUGGAAGCCCCAGACCCAGGGUGUCCCUGGCCGAGGGCAGGUGCAAAGGUGAUGAUUGUCAUGACCCCCUGCACGUGUCCUUCUCUGCCCUGGAAGCCAUUAGAAUCCGCCAGGUGUGCAGAUGGACUGCCUUUGCCCCAUGAGCUUGAUGAACAGCCCUCGGUCUCUAAUUCACAAGACUGAGAGGCCAACUGUCUCUGUCCACCUCCGCCAGCUUCUGGCUGCACGGCCAGGCCCUGCCUCAUGGCAGGCCUACCAGAGCUUGGCUGAGGGCCCAUGCUGCCUCUGGGUCCCUGAUGGGCUAGAUGUAACUUGUGUCUUCUGGUCCCUUAAGGAGCCCAGGUGUUGUAAGGAAUGAAUCGGUCACUGCAUCCUGUAUUGGUUAUGGUUCCAAGAAAAGCAAGUAUCAUUUUUGGCUGCAUUAAAAGAAGCAUCAUGUAUAAAAUAAA